AUUGUGAUCAGGUAAACGGUAAACGGCGUUGAGUGCAAGACCAAUUCAUUUGUGGGUGAGGGCCGAGUGAGCUGCGCGGGUGUUAGAGGGCGAGAGAGCAAGCAAACGAGUGAGAGACUACGAACGAAAUUUCCCUUUGGCGCGCAACAUACCCUUAACGCAGCCUGCCUACUGAGCGCCAUAGAAACGGCCGCUUGGCUACCUACUAAUCGGCUGGCUGGUGACUUUUCUGGUGGCAAGUGACUUCUGUUGCAUGCAGCGGCACACAAUUCAGUUCGACUUGGACGGGCAACGCGUGCAGACGUAGCAAUCAAGACGCGUUGUUGUUUGGCGUGUAUUUUAGCCAAGAGUGAAGAAAAGCGUGUUUGAGAACGCGAGCGUGAAACUGCAAAGAUAAACAAAACGAAAACUUCAAUGUGACAUGCUUGUGUGAAUCAGAAGAAAUAAAAAAACGAAAGAAGUUAAAGAAAAAACAAGAGAGUGAAUACUAAAAUAUUUUCUUUAAAAAAAUAUAAAUUUGUGUAGUGCAAAAUUUUAUUAAAAGCCAUUAGCAUAAAAAGUGCAUAACUCAACUCAACAACAUGGAGGACACCACAACAAUGGAUUAUUUGUAUGACACCACAACCUACGCACCGGAGACCACCGACUACAGCGACACACCGUUCCUGAAUUUGGCGGCUGUCACACCGGACGGCGUUGUCGACCGACUGCUGCACUCCGGCGAACAGUUGUCGCACAACCAAAUCACCUUCGAGAUACCAACGCAUCACGAUCUCGAGCACAUCAAUAAAUUGCACACAUUCAACACGCUGCUGCAGCGCAUCGGCAAUGUGGCCUACGACACUGUGGCCUCCGCCGCCAGCGCGCACAGUGUGGAGGAGCAACACGCGCUCCGUCCCUUUGGCGUCGAUGCGACCGGUCAGCGUAUCACCAGCGAGCAGAUCUCCAAGAGCGCGGUGUUGAAUUUGGCCGAACUGAAGAACGGUGUCAGCGGCAGUGUGGGUGGCAGCUUCUUGGAGGAUUUCUUCGGCGAUGCCGACAUGCAUGCGGUCAUCAAUUAUUUGUGGAUUGGCGUGGUCACCGCAUUGGUGGUGCUCUCCGUCAUUUUCAUACUCUUCUCCUGCUACUUUUACCGCAAAUUUCGGCAAUGGAAGAAAUGCAAUAAGGACAUACGCAAUCACUUGAGCAACGACUUGUACACCGAUGGCCAUCUUGUCGUUUGCGACCGUUUAAUGGACGCCCACGGCCAACAUACGGCAACAGCUGCCACCGCCGCCUACUACCAACAACUGGAAUCACCGCCCUGCUACACCAUCGCCACCGGCCUACCGACCUACGACGAGGCAUUGCAUCAUCAUCAACAACACUUCUCCUACGGCAUGAAGUUCAUGUAUCCCACAAUUACGGCCGUGCAUCAUCAUCCCGCCAUUGCUGGUGUCUACAGCAGCCAGUGCAACAACAACAAACAGCAGUUUGACAUGCAGGAGGAACAAAUGAAGCAGAAAUCAUACAAAGUGUCGUCCGGCGCGUUGGAGGACGAAGCCGCACUGGAAGUGGUCGUGCCCGCCAGCUACGAUAUCGCGGAACUUCAUGGACUCAAUUUGUCGGCGGCCGGCAUGAGUGUGACCGCGCCAUUGCUGGGUGUCAAUGUCGGCGCAGCGAAGUCGACAGCGGCGUCGUCGUCGCUGGAGGAGGUGAUUACCAUACGGCUGGAUGAAAUGACACCCACAGCAGCGCUGCCCGUCGCAGGAGCAACGACGCGCCGUCCAGCUAUGUUUUACAAUGAACUGCGUCGCGAGCGCUGUGUGGGUGCGGAGCAACAGUGCAGCGCGGUGACGAUAGCGUGAGCGCAUUAAGCACGCUGCAAGGCGUCGAACGCGCUGAAGCUUCGAUGCCCGGUCAACCAACUGUAAAUAUGUAUGUUCUGUAAAUAUGCCGUAAGAUAGCUGCGCCACAGAUGAGCUGCCCGCUGCUACAUGUUAAAUCUCACAUUCGAACAAAGCGACUAAUUAACGUAAUGACAUUUCGAAUGAGUCCGUAACUCGGCACAUUCAUUAGUUACUACUUGAAACUUAGCUGAACUUAUUUAUGUUUUCAUUUGAGUAGGUACUUUCUUGGUUCGUAACUGUAAAUGACUGCAAGCAGAGUUGCUUUCAAAAGCAUUAUUUUGUAAAAUAU